AUGACAAUCUUAAGAAAGUGGAACAUUAUUCCGGCAGAUUUUAUACAUACCAUUUCUGAUGCUGAAUUGCUGACUACAUUUGCAAAAGUUACUAAGGUUCCUAGCGUGUUAAAACAUGAUGCAACUAAAGAUAUCAACCCAAUUGACAAAUUCAAAACAAAUGGGUUAUUGAGUUAUAGCAAACUAUGUGAAUAUUUAGAAACAAGAUUUGAUAAAUAUGAUAAAUUGGAUCAAACACCAUUAUAUUACUUGUACGAAAAUCUAUCUCCAGAGCAAAAAGAUAGCUUUAUUCGUGAAUAUCAUGCAUUCAAUCGACUGAAACAGUUAAACAUUGAGGAGAAUUGUCUUGAUCUAGUUGAAGAUUUCAAACUUCAUAGCAAAUCAGAUAAUAUCAACAUUAAUAAGUUUAAAAUGUCUAAUUCCAAGUUGAUUUAUUCCUGGUUUGAAUUGACAAUGAAUAUGUUAAAUUCUUUAAUUACCAAGCUAAACAAGCCAAACUUCAAAAGCAACUCUCCUGACGAAAUGACAUUAUACAAGUAUAGAGUUUAUUUAAAUCUACUCCCAAGAAGAAUUAUAGUUACCCUUUUGAUUUCAAACAUUCUCUCGAAAACACUAACGUCAGAAUUGGGACAUGCUAGAGUUUCAGAUUUGGCAAAUUCGUUGGGUUCAUCCUUCAAGAGAUUAAUACUAAGAGACACAGAUCUUAAAGAUAUCAAACCCUAUUUCAUGAAAUUUUUUCAUGAAGAGGAUUCUAUUGUUCUUUUUACCUCAUUAAUUAGUAUCUUUAUACAUAAUUGCAAAAUUCCCAGAUCUUUUAUUGAUAGUGAUACCUUUACUCAGUCAUUAAAAUUGAUAGAUUAUUCACAGGAAAUUGAUCCACUAUUCUUAUCUGAAAAGAAUUUUGAAUUUCCUGCAUUUCUCUGGGGAAAUAUAAGAAUUCAUGAUGGUCCAGCAUAUAAGAAGAUAGGAGUUAUUAAAAUUCACCCAUACUUACUAGAGGAGUUCAAAAGCUAUGAAUCACUCUUUGUUAGAAGGUCAUUAUACCUACCUAUGCUCUGCCCUCCAAAGCCUUGGACAUCACCCAUUGUGGGCGGAUAUCUAACUGAUUUAAAGCCUGUUAUUAAUACGGAUGAUUUAUCCACGUCCUUAUUCUACAUAAACAAAGCCCACAAGACAGGACAACUAAAAUCAUUAUAUGAAGGUUUAAACGUUCUUGGAUCCUUAGCGUGGGCGAUUAACCAUUCUACUUUGGAGAUAUUCAACCAGGUUAUGAAUAUCAACAAAGGAUUUUUGAAAAUACCGCCUAACUUCAAUGAAUUACAAGUCAUAUUGCCUCAAAAACCAAUUCAAUCUGACUACCCAUCAGCAUCAGAGUAUAAUAAAGCAUUAUGGAAGCAUAAAAUUGAAUCAGCAAAAGCAUUACAAGAAUAUCAUGCAAUAAAGAGUCAAAGAGUAGAAUUGAAUUUAAUUCAACAAUUGGCGAAUUCGCUUAGUAAAAAUGGAGACAUGUUUUAUCUACCUCAUAACGUAGACUUUCGAGGUAGGGCCUAUCCCAUGGUUUCGAUAUUGUCACAUUAUCAAGACGACCUUGUACGCUCGUUGUUAAUGUUUUGGUUUGCUAAGCCUUUGGGUCCUGACGGUUUCAACUGGUUAAAGUAUCAGUUGGCUGGUGUUUACGGUAAGGAUAAACUAUCAAUGAAUGAAAGAGUAGAAUUUGUUGAUAUGAAUCAAGAUUUAAUUGUGGAUUCCGCUGAAAACCCAUUAAAUGGAAAAAUGUGGUGGAAAUCGGCAGAAAAACCCUGGCAAACAUUAAGUCUAUGUUUUGAAAUCAACAAGGUAUUGAAAUAUUGUCAAAAUAAAGCUAACAAAGUCGAAGAUUUCCUUUGUAGAAUUCCUAUCCAUCAAGAUGGAUCGUGCAAUGGAUUACAACAUUAUGCGGCAUUGGGCAAAGACAAAGAAGGUGGAAAUUCUGUCAACUUAUUACAAACAGAUUUGGCUCACCCGGUAAGAAGUGAUGUUUAUACAGAAGUCUUGAACAUUGUUAAGAGCCAAGUACUUAAGCAUUCGUGUGACAAAUCAAAUCAAUAUCAGGAACUCGCUACACUCUCUUUAUUAAUAUUAUCUAGAAAAGUUGUUAAACAAACCGUCAUGACUAGCGUAUAUGGGGUUACUAGACAUGGUGCUACUUUGCAAAUUAAUAUGAGAAUCAAGGAAAUCAUCAAGAAUUUUGAAGUUCAGUUGAAUGAUAGCAACGACAUCCCCAUCACUCUAGAGCAAUUUUCAAGAUUGAGAGAUUUAAAUGUUGAGAUUUCCAAUUAUUUGGCAUCAACAGUCCUUCAUUCCAUCACAAAAUUGUUUUCAGGUGCUAAGCUAAUUCAAGAUUGGUUAUUAAACAACUGCUUUCGAAUAAUUAAUUCUUUUGAUUUAGAAACAUUUCAAUCAUUAGAAAGACUUAAUAAAAAGGAAGUCAUCGACUUUUUUAAUCCGCAACUAUAUAAACCUAUGAUGUGGACAUCAAUGUCAGGUUUUCCGGUGAUUCAAUUAUACAAGCAUACUAAACAGAAAGCAUUACCAACUUCAUUGCAGAGUAUAGUCAUUAACAAACCAUCUAAAUUGGCCAACAUAGACGUAAGAAAACAAUUAAAUGCAGUUGCGCCAAAUUUUAUACAUUCCAUUGAUUCCAUCCAUAUGUUAAUGACCUGUCUAUCUGCAGAAAAUAACAAUAUUCCAUUUAUUUCUGUUCACGAUUCAUUUUGGACUUUACCCUGUGACGUCAAUAAGCUUUCGAAGAUAAUAAGACAAGAAUUUGUCAGGCUACAUUCUUCAAAUAUUAUAGAAAAUUUGAGGGAUGAUAUGAUGCAUACUACAAGGAAAUCUUUUCAGCUCGUAUAUGUUAAAAACCAAGAUAAUUUAGAGCUAAUAGAGGAAUUGAAUAAAUUAAGAUCACAAUAUUUUGAUGAACCAUUGAAAUUGACGAAAAAACAUUAUAAUAGACUUCUUUAUCAUGAGUUAAUCCACCAGACUAAUAAUCAAGAUAUUAGCCAUUCGCCGAUGGGAUUGAUUAAAAAAUACAACCCGAAAUUAUACUCCAGAUCUAAGAGUAGUCCAAAAUUAUUGGACAUAUAUGAUGAUACAGAUGUACAUGAUUCAUCAAAGAACGCUAUUAAAUUAUCUAAAGCAUUCACACCCUUGUUAGUUCCCGUUAAGAUACUAGAGAAGCCAUCAACCGGCGAUCUUGAUAUAAACAAAGUAUUAGAUAGUGUAUAUUUUUUCUCAUGA